AUGGCCGGCUUUUCGUUGACCACUUGUGCUACCGGCCUCGUCAUCUUCUUCUCCGUCUGCUACCUGCAGCCUCCGGCUCCUGUCGCCGCCUUGUCCUUCAACUACUCCAACUUCAGCUCAAACAACCAGAACAUCGAAAUUGAAGGCAAAGCCUCCAUCCGCGUCGGGUAUAUUGACAUCAGCGCGAACGACGCUCGGGACAUUUUCACCAGCGCGGGACGGGUAUCCUACAAGACACCGGUGCAGCUCUGGGACGCCGCCACCGGCGAGGUGGCCAGCUUCACCACAACCUUCUCCUUCAACAUCGUCACCCCGAGCGAUAGGAACAACAGGGGCGACGGGAUGGCCUUCUUCCUCGGCAGCUACCCAUCGAGGUUGCCAAAGAAUGCCUCCAGUAGUGGACUCGGCCUCACCAACAAGUCCUACACCAACGUCUCCACCGGCGAGGACCGGUUCGUCGCCGUCGAAUUCGACACUUAUCUAAACCGCGACUUCGACCCCAACGCAACCUACGACCACAUCGGCAUCGACGUCAACUCCAUCGUAUCUGUGACGAACGAGUCCCUACCAGACUUCAGCCUCAACGGGAGCAUGACCGCCACCGUCGACUACAACAGCAGUUCGAGCAUCCUGUCAGUAAAGCUGUGGAUAAAUGACACAACGAAGCCGCCUUACAACCUAAGCGACAAGGUUGAUCUCAAGAGCGCCUUGCCAGAGAAGGUCACCAUCGGCUUCUCGGCGGCAACGGGCGCAUCAGUUGAGCUACACCAGCUGACUUCUUGGUACUUCAACUCGAGCCCGUCGUUCGAGCAUAAGCAUGGACGUGCCGGAGUUGAAGCGGGAGCAACCGUCGGGGCGACGUUGUUCGUUGUGCUGCUCUUCACUGUUGCAGCUAUCCUCAUACGGCGACGUCGAAUCAAAAACAGGAAAGAGGCAGAGGAUGAGCAGGACAUAAGCUCGGACAGCUUAGACGACGACGGCGAGCCCAUCGUGGAGAUCGAGAUGGGGACUGGGCCAAGACGGUUCCCAUACUAUGAGCUCGUUGAGGCCACCAAGAGCUUCGCGGCGGAAGAGAAGCUCGGGCAAGGCGGCUUUGGCGCGGUGUACCGAGGCUACCUGAGAGAACAGGGCCUCGCCGUCGCCAUUAAACGCUUCGCCAAAGAUUCCUCCAAGCAAGGGAGGAAGGAGUAUAAGUCGGAGAUCAAGGUGAUAAGCCGACUACGCCACCGCAAUCUCGUGCAGCUCAUAGGCUGGUGCCAUGGCCGCGAUGAACUCCUGCUUAUUUACGAGCUUGUCCCCAACCGUAGUCUUGACAUCCAUCUCCACGGCAAUGGCACCUUCCUCACAUGGCCAAUGAGGGUCAAGAUUGUUCUUGGGAUUGGAUCAGCCCUCUUCUACCUUCAUGAGGAGUGGGGGCAAUGUGUUGUGCACCGUGAUAUCAAGCCGAGCAAUGUCAUGCUUGACGAGUUCUUCAAUGCCAAGCUAGGCGACUUUGGGCUCGCAAGGUUCAUUGACCACACUGUGGGGAUGCGGACAAUGACUGCAGUGUCCGGGACACCAGGCUAUGUUGACCCUGAAUGCUUGAUCACCGGCAGAGCAAGCGUAAAGUCUGACGUUUAUAGCUUUGGCAUCGUCCUGCUAGAGGUGGCAUGCGGGAGGAAACCGAUGAGCCUACUAGACAGCCAAACGGAUGGCGUCUUUCGGCUGGUCGAGUGGGCUUGGGAUCUGUAUGGCAAGGGAGAUGUUCUCAAGGUUGUCGACGUGCGUCUCAACGAUGACUACGAUGUUACAGAGAUGGAGCGUGUCAUCGUUCUCGGGCUCUGGUGCGCGCACCCUGAUCCGAGCGCGCGACCUUCUAUUAGAGACGCCAUGGCCAUACUCCAAUCGAGUGGAGGCUAGCUGCCGGUGCUACCGGCCAAGAUGCCCGUGCCGACGUACGCGCCGCCGGUGAUCUCAUUGGAUGGGCUCUUUGCGUCAUCUACAGGGUUGUCGUCGUCCUCAGGUGUGACGCAGUCCUCGUCCACAUCGACGACGAGUGGCCAUGCUACUCACACCUCGUGUUCGUCGGUUCCGUCCGAUUCAACCGGUUUGAAGGACUCGUCUUCAUUGCUCAAGCAUCAGUCCUAGCGUUUAGUUUUUGUUUUUUUUAAUUUGUUUGUUCUUAGUUUAGAGUUUACGGUUGAAUGGUCCGUUGAUUUGGUCUUUA